CCUCCUCUUCCUGCUGUGGCGAAAGCCAUAUAUGACAGACAGCCAAAUGCAUACGAUCCAACUCAACUAAAGCUAAAGAAAGGUCAACUAAUUCGAAUCACUAAGAAACUCACCAACGGUAUGUACGAGGGAGAGCUAGACGGUCGUGUUGGCAUCGUUCCGUUUACCUAUGUGCGUUUUGCUAAAGCAGAAGCGGUAUAA